AUGGCCACCCUCCAAACCCUCCACACGCUCAUCGAGCAAGACGCACUCGCGUCCUCCUCCGCCGUCUUCACCUACGACUCGACCCCCUCCGCGCCCUUCGGUUCCUCGCUCCCCUCUCGCUCAGCCGAUGCGCGCGUCUACCCUAUGCAAGUCCGCGCAGGCGCUGGAUCCGCACUCGUCGGAUUCGUCGAGUCGGCUGCCUACACAAGUAAGGGAGCGAGCGAGGGAAAGGCCGAUAAACCCGUUGCGGUCCUUGCUGGAUCCGAGGCGUUCCUCGCCCUCGUUCCUUCGCUUCUUGCCCUUCCUGAGCAGUCCAAGCGUCCGGCAUUGAACGUCCACGUCUCGACCCAGACGUCUUCCCUCGCCGCAUCGAAGGAGGAGGAGGGCGAACCCACCCUCGCUCAAGUCCCGGACCUCGCCGCCGUCCUCGCAGGCGCCAAACAGCUCCGCGAAGGAGGCUGGCAAGGAGCCGUCGUCUUCUCCGAGACGCCCGAGGAAGCCGCCGUCGUCGGUACUGCACUCGCAAAGGACGCCGGAAAGGACCUCGUCAAUGUCUUUGAUGGCUUGACUGCUGGUCGCCAGCUUGCUCCUCUCGCGCCCGCCUCGGCUGUCGGAGCGAAAAACUUCGAUGCGGCAUUCGAGGCGCACCAAGUCCCGUACUUCUCGUACGCCGGAUCGUCGAAUGCGUCAAAGGUCCUCGUCCUCCCCGCCUCGACCUACUCGGCCGCAGCCAAAGCCGCAAUCCUCGCCUCCUCGACCGAGGACGUCGGAGUCCUCACCGUCCGCGUCCUCCAGCCGUGGAACAGCCAGGCACUCUUCGCUGCCCUCCCCAAGUCUGUCAAGAACUUGUUUGUCUUGACCGAGGAGGGAGAGGCCAGUGGACCCUUGUUUGAGGAGGUCCUCGAGUCGGUCCUUGAGCAGGGCGAUGCCGCGAUCAAGGUUCGCGCUUUGCCGGUCAAGGCUGAGUCGGUCCCGACUGUCCAGGACUGGGCGGCGAGGAUCGCCAAGAUUGCCGGAAUCAAGGCUGCCUCGCUCAAGUCGCUCCUCCCGGCGCACGCCAAGCUCGCCGUCUGGUGGGACCUCGACUCAACUUCCGGCUCGACCGAGUCGGUCCCGUCGACUCUCGCGCACACUUUCUCGGCGCCCAACACCGCCGUCAGCGCCAAGCUCCAAGUCACCUACGACAAUUUCCGCCAGGGAGGCGUCCAGCAUGCCGCGCUCCUCCUCGAGCAGGCGGGCAAGGCUAGCACCGAGUCGACUGUCGCGUCGGUCGUCGCGACUACCGCUCCCUCGCUCUUGUACAUCGGCGCUCCGCAGAGCGUCUUCAAGGCUUACGGACCGAUCUCGGCUCAGACGGUCGACAAGGACACGCGCGUCGUCGUUGCGGGUAACUGGACCGCCGAGGACUUUGCGACCAAGCUUCCUUACGCUCAGCGCAAGGCUCUCGUCGACAUCGCUGCCGGCUCGUCGGGUCACGUCUUCUCGAUCGAUGUUGACAAGGUCGCCAAGGCCCAUGGAGUUGCCGCCUCGGACGUCGCAGAGAUCGUCUUCUGGACGCUGUACCUCCCCGCGUCCAUCUCGGCCAAGGAGCUCGUCGCGCUCCUUGCGCAGACUCCGACUUUCGCCGACUGGAACGCCGCCAAGCUCGUCGAGGUUAUUGGCGCGGUUCGCAACGCGCUCCUCAAGGUCGAUGUCGUCCCCGAGUGGGCUGACGAGCCUGUCGAUGAGGAGGGCAACAAGGUCGAUAUCCCUACUGCCCUUCCUCCCGUCCUCGUCCCGACCGCCGCUGGACCCAACGCCUUCCGCACCUUCGCCGACCCCGCUCCCGGCAUUGCAGGCGGCACGGCGGCGCAGAAGCACUCGUGGCACCACGCUGCGCACCGCCUCCUCUUCCCCGAGGCCUUCUCGCUCGACACGACCUUCGAGAACAAGCUCCGCCCCGACUUGCCCGAGAAGAACUACCUCAUCACCGUCAGCGAGAACAGGCGCCUCACACCCGACACGUACGACCGCAACGUCUUCCACAUCGAGUUCUCGACCGCCGGAACCGGCCUCAAGUAUGCGGUUGGCGAGGCGCUCGGCAUUCAUGGCUGGAACGACGCGGACGAGGUUCGCGAGUUCCUCGAGUGGUACGGACUUGACCCCGAGGCGGUCGUCAACCUCCCUUCGCGCCACGACCACUCGCGCGUCGAGCAGCGCACCAUCUUCCAGGUCUUCCAGCAGAACCUCGACAUCUUCGGCAAGCCCGGCAAGUCGUUCUACGAGACGCUUUCCAAGUACGCGACGAACAAGGCCGAGGAGCGCGCGCUUCGCUUCAUCGCCAGUCCCGAGGGAUCGUCGACGUUCAAGAAGAUGAGCGAGCUCGAGACCGUCACCUACGCCGACAUCCUCCGCCAGUUCCCCUCGGCCAAGCCGACCGUCGAGGACCUCGUUCGCGAGAUUGAGGAGAUCAAGCCUCGCCACUACUCGAUCGCAUCGUCGCAGAACUUUGUCGGCGACUCGGUUCACCUCCUCAUCGUCACCGUCGAGUGGCAGACUCCGAAGGGCUCGCCCCGCUACGGCCAGUGCACGCGCUACCUCGCAGGCCUCAAGCCCGGCGACAAAGUCAUGGCGUCGAUCAAGCCGUCGGUCAUGAAGCUCCCGCCCCUCGACACCCAGCCCAUCGUCAUGGCCGGUCUCGGAACAGGCGCUGCGCCGUUCCGCGCCUUCAUCCAGGAGCGCGCGUGGCAGAGGGCUCAGGGUCGCGAGGUCGGACCGUUGGUCUACUACUUUGGCUCGCGGUACCGCGCGCAGGAGUACCUCUACGGCGAGGAACUCGAGGCGUACUUGCAGGAAGGCGUGCUCUCGCACAUGGGUCUCGCCUUCUCGCGCGACACCGACAAGAAGGUCUAUAUCCAGCACAAGAUCAACGAGGACGGCGAGCUCCUCGCCAAGCUCCUCGAGGACGACAACGGUCUCUUCACGCUCUGUGGACCGACUUGGCCCGUCCCUGACGUCUACGAGGCGCUCGUCAAGGCCUUGCAGACCAAGGGAUGGUCGACCGAGAAGGCGCAGGCUCGCAUCGAGGAGAUGAAGGAGGAGGAGCGCUACGUUCUUGAGGUCUACUGA